UGCACUUCGCCGGUCAGUGAGCUGCAGCAGCUACUGUGAGUGGCCUGACGCUCUCCUGUCAAUAAAAACAGACCCGCGCACGCGUAAUUGCGCAAGGAUGGCAGACUCCGUGGAGGACACGCUGCCCGAGGAGGAGAGGGAGUUCCAGAAGAUUAUAGCACGGAUCGGCGGCAGAGAGAGGAUUUAUUUAGUCUCUGAUGUCUGUCAAAGUAAAGAGGUGGACGAGGACGACACUGGGACACUGCACGAGUUCAUACGCAGCGUGUUUCACGUCGGCAGCAGUUGUGCCACGAGCAACGGACAACAACACACAUCUAACCCGGGCAGUGCCGAGGACACGGCGGGUGAGAACCACAUCUCCAGCCAGUCACAAGUGGAUGAGUGUCAAACGACAGGGAUGAGGCCCGAGGACGUGGACUUAAAAGUCUCCCCGGUGACAGGGGACAAGGAGACCGUUCAGAGGACAGCGGCGAUGGGUACAAGCAUUUACAGUUCGAAGCGAGUGAUAGACUUCCCCGUCAUCGUCUUCCUCUUCAGACAGACAUUUGUCAGCAAAAACUCCAACCAGGUGUGCUUGAAGGAGAUCCUGAAGGACGUGAAGGCGCGCACGAAGCGUGCCAGAAUCGCCCGACCAGCUUUGAUCGGAUUAAUCCACGGCAGACAGGAGGACGCCGAAGUGCGUCGCUGUGCGCAGCUCCUGGAGCGUCUGAUCCGUUCAGUGUUCCGCAAACAUCCGGCAGACACGAUAUGGACCGACUGCUUCAUCCCGGCGACAGAGUCCAAAGUGCUCGGCUUCAAGAGAAAUGCCUGCAAAGUUAUUCACUCAUCUCAAACAGCAGAUAAUACCAGCGAUGGAGGGAACUCGCUUUUCUGGCCAUUCCGAUGUUUGUUCCAGCAUCAGAGAAAAGGAGACAGAGGCCAGACACACAACCCAGCAACCAACCGGCAAACAGGUGACACCGGAAGUCCAGAGGAGGGUAUACCACUGAAAACCAGUCCCAUGACUGUAGGGCACUAUGUGGAUAAAGAGCCAGCUGGAGGUGACAGCUGAUGUUGGUGCAUGUGACUUCUGGCUGCUUUCACGAAGCACAAUCUCACUGUGAACAAAAAGUUCAGUGCCCUAGAACACUGACGGUGUUUCUUCACGGUGCUCAACAUUUACACUGCUGAAACAUGAUUCUUGGCUUGAAGCAAUAUAUUUUGUUAAAUGUCAUCCUGCUGAUUUACUCAUCGUCCUUCGUGCACAAUAGCUUUUCCCAGAGGGAGUUCCAGUUUAUGUGUUACUGUGUAUGAGCAGUUCAGUUGUACAAACUGAUUCCUUAAAAUAGAGACUUGCAGGUGAGCUUAUUGCAGACUGCAAAAUGGCUAGCUGCAUGAUUUUGCAGUUUAAUUACAGGACAACAUUAAUUGGUGGCUGCUUCAUGUGUUAUGUGAAAAAUAUAUUCUUAUCAGAUUUGGCUCUCUUAAUACCAGUUGAGCACAAUUUGAAUGCUAUAGCAUUUAUGUAGAAAGUUACGUGAUGUAGACACGUUCCAGCUUCUAGUAGGAACCCAAACAUGAAGGAUUUGCGUAGCCUUUUCUUUCCAACAAAGGGAGGCUCUCACUAAUAUUAGUGUAGUGUUCUUAAUUAUGUAUUCACUGUUUUAUUUUGUUUUCCAUGUAUGUAUAACUAUCACGCAACAUAUCUGGAGCCAAAUGGUAUUCUGGUGUGAAAGAACUGGACUUACUACACUGAGAACAAGAGUAACUGUGAUCUGGGGAGGGACCAAGUGCUUAUUUUUUAUUUAUCAGCCAUGCAGCAAUGUUUUUUUUCUGUCAUUAAUCAGGAAUUGUGCCUUGAAUGUGUGCUACUAUCAAAAGCAUCACUUCAACAAUAACAGGGAUGUCUGCUUUCUUUACUUUAUAUGUUUUUAAUAUAGUUCACAAAUGAUAUGUUAAUAUAAAUAAAAAAAAUAUUGUGCUUA